AUGUCCUCCUGGAUGAAUUGGUUCGGCGGGCGCAAGGACACGCGCGAGAGCGCUCGUGACGCCAUUGUCAACCUCCGCCAGCAGCUCCUCAUGAUUGAGAAGAAGGAGGCACACUACCAGACCAAGAUUGACGAUGAGAUGAAGAAGGCCCGCGCCAACGCUACUACCAACAAGCGACGUGAGUGCGGACCUGGGGUGGGGGUUGGUGGGGAAGGUGAACAGACGGGCGGUGCUGGUGUCGAUAUCCCCAUAUCGGCCCAUCGCCGUGCCGUCCCCUUGCCACCCUGCCCGCCGCCCGGCAUCGCCCCGCCGAACAGUAUGCUGACACCGUCCAGUGGCUACCGCUGCGCUGAGGCAGAAGAAGGCGUUCGAGAACGAGCUCGACAGGCUGGCGGGCACGCGCUUGACUCUGGAGACACAGUCCAGGUCAACGCCAUCGAGUCGGCCAACCUCAACGCCGAGACCAUGGCGGCCAUGAAGAAGGGUGCCGACGCAUUGAAGUCGAUCCACCAGACUCUCCAGGUCGACAAGGUCGACGCAACGAUGGACUCGAUCCGAGAGCAGAUGGACAUUACCAACGACAUUUCCGAGGCCAUCUCGAACCCUGUCGGCAUGGGUGUCAUGCUCGACGAGGACGACCUGGCGGCCGAGCUCGAGGCCCUCGAGCAGGAAGAGCUCGACGACCGCCUCAAGGGUGCCGACCACGUGCCCCUCCACACCCCCGCCUCGCCAACCCGCGUCUCGGCUCCGGCCCACGCCGAAGAGGACGACGAGGAGGCGCAGCUCCGCCAGCUCCAGGCCGAGCUUGCCAUGUAA